UUGACAUGCACGCACUUGUUAAGUUGUUGAAUAGAUGGACGGGUCGGCUGAAAAUCAAAAUGUUAGAAUCACAAAGCGACAAUGGACUCCUGAAGAAGAUGGAGUAUUAGUGGAAGGUUUGUUGAAAAUAGUGGACGAGGGUUGGAAGGCUGAUGCAAACUCAUUUAAACCUGGGUAUACUAAAGCGUUGGAGAAAUAUAUUCACAGCAAGUUCCCAGGUUGCACACUAAAAGCUACCCCGCAUAUUGAAUCAAGAGUGAAACUGCUUAAAAGACAAUAUUCUGCAAUCAAAGAUAUGUUGGGUCCAGGUGCAAGUGGUUUUGGGUGGAAUGAUGCUGAAAAGAUGAUUAUAGUAGAGAAGGAGAUUUAUCGUCAAUGGUGCAAGUCUCACCCUACCGCAGUUGGCUUGUAUAAAAAACCAUUUCCACACUAUGAUAGCUUGGAUACUGUAUUUGGAAAAGAUAAAGCAGAUGGUAGUGUAACAGAAGAUAUCAUUGAUAUGACCAUUGAGAUGGAGAAGGAAAAUGUUCAAUCAACACAAGAGGGCGGAUCAAGAAUUAAUUUGAAUUAUGAUGAUGAGAAUUUUGAGUCGCAGGUGCCAGAAACACCCGCAGCUAACACUACUGCUCCGGGAUCAAAUCUAACAAACCAACCUCCACGUGAUUCUACUAAUCAUAGGACCGGAAAGCGUGGGGGAAAAAGGGUGAAGUAUAAUGAUGAUGCUUCUGAUAGCAUGUCAAAUUCAUUGAACAAAUUGGGUGAGAUUUAUGCUAAUGGUGUUGAGAAUAUGAAACAAGUCUUUACUUCUUGUUUUGUGCACGAAAAACACACAGCUGAUAGGAGGAACCAAAUUGUCUCUAUUUUAAAAGAAAUUGAAGGAUUGUCUGAUGCAGAAGUGGUAAUGGCUGGUAUGCUUAUCACCAAAGACAAUAAUCUUUGCGACUAUUUUUUCACAAUGGAUACUCCUGGAUUGAGGAAGCGGUUUGUGGACAUUGUUUUGAGUAACAAUGGUUCUAGGUAGAAUUUAGAAUGUUCUACGCUUUUUGAAUUUGGUAAAAAAAACUCAGUAGCCACUGUCUUUAAUUCCUUUUAUUAUUUAGUUGUAUUCGUAUUAUGGUCUUUAGUAGUUGUGUAAUGACCUUAAUUAUCCUUUGAAUUUAUUUAUA